CUCAAGUAGGGGAUGCCAAUCAAAGCAUCAACUUCAAAUUGUAUCUGAGAGAUCAGCCCGGAGACCUCAGGGCCAGGCGCGUCAGUCGGAGCGCAAUUGUUGAUCAGAUCACAUCCAGCGGACUUUGCGCGAGAAAAAGAGAGAGGAAGCCGAGAUUUAAGAGCGGGCUUGUUUUGACGGCACAUACCGCUGUAUGUCUGCAGUAGCUGUGACUUUGGCUUGAACACUUUCCCUCUACUCAUCUGGGUUCCUUUUUUCUUUUUCUUUUUUUCUUCCACCACACACACUUGUUUUUGGUCUUUUUACGCACAGUUUGUCGGACGAUACAGGCUGUGCCACAGUUUCGGCGGAGGAGAUGUCUUUCCCCCAGCUAGGCUACCCGCAGUACUUAAGUGCCUCCCAGGCGGUGUACGGGGGCGAGAGACCGGGAGUGCUUACACCUUCGUCCCGCGGAGGGAGCACCGAAAUCGGGGGUAGUCCUUCCGCCACCGCGGCGGCGGUCACUUCGGUGUUAGGCAUGUACGCCAACCCGUACGCGCACAACUACAGCGCUUUCUUACCUUACACCAGCGCGGACCUGGCUCUUUUCUCACAAAUGGGGUCCCAGUAUGAGCUGAAGGACGGUCCUGGCGUGCACCCUGCCAGCUUUGCAGCCCACACCUCACCUGCCUUCUAUCCAUACGGUCAGUUCCAGUACGGGGACCCGGCCAGGCCCAAGAACGCCACCCGGGAGAGCACCAGCACCCUGAAGGCCUGGCUCAACGAGCACAGGAAAAACCCGUACCCGACCAAGGGCGAGAAGAUCAUGCUGGCCAUCAUCACCAAAAUGACGCUGACGCAGGUGUCCACCUGGUUCGCCAACGCCAGGAGGAGGCUCAAGAAGGAGAACAAGGUGACCUGGGGCAGGAGCAAAGAGGACGGGGAGGACGGCAACUUGUUCGGCAGCGGGGACGAGGCGGAGAAGAACGAAGACGAGGAGGAGAUCGAUCUGGAGAGCAUAGACAUCGACAAGAUCGACGACAACGACGGGGAUCAGAGCAACGAGGAUGAUGACGAUAAAUCGACGGAGGGCAGCAGGGAGCACAGGGGCGGUGUGGGUGCGGGGGGAGAGUUGGACAGCUUGGAGAAGAGACGGGCCUUCGCCCUGCAGGCCCACGAGGCCUUUGACAAAUCGAAGAGCACAAUUUCAGUUCACGCAGGAAGUAAGGAGAGCUCGGACGGCAACAACAACAACACGACUAGAGUUUUGUCUCCGGACAGAUCCGGGAGCUUUCCUCUCCCGUCCAACAACAAGCCUAAGAUCUGGUCUCUAGCAGAGACCGCCACUAGCCCCGACAGUUCAUCCCAGAAACCCACGUCCCCCUGUGGCCCCGCGGCCACCACUCACCCGUCAGCCCCCCACCACCAGAUCCAAACCCACCCGGCCUUCCUCCCCAGCCACGGACUGUACACUUGCCAGAUUGGAAAGUUCCACAACUGGACGAACGGGGCUUUCCUGGGCCAGAACUCCCUGCUCAACGUGCGGUCGUUUCUGGGAGUAAACCAGCACCAUCACCACCACCACAACCACCACUUGCCGACCCAGCAGCAGCAGCAGCAGCCGACGUCGGUGGUGGUGUCUCCGGUAGCAGCUGCAGCAGCGCUCAGCAAUGACAGCAAGACCCCACCAGAGACCCACAGUCCCAAACACAUAGAUCAUGAAAACGGUGUUAGGUCUGAUUCACCUCCAACACAGAUCCUGAAGUCUUCCUUUCGACCCAUCCAUGACAGGUGAGACAACGUUUUAUUCA